AUGGCCAGUUCACAGAUGUCUUCUUCCGAUGUCCAUUCUAUCUAUAAAGAAGCAAGAAGGAGAUGUGACGAGGAAGUAGAUAACUUCUCAAACGAUGAAAAAGACUUGAUUUUGAGGAUGUAUAAGCUGGUGGGAGAGAGAUGGUCGAUAAUUGCUGGAAGAAUUCCUGGAAGAAGUGCUGGGGAAAUCAAGAACUACUGCGAAAAUCAUUUUUCAGACAGGAAAUGAAUAAGAUGGCAUUAAUAUGUAUAUGUAAAAUAAUUUCGAAUCUAUAUUAAUUAUGUUUCUUAAUGUUUUAGUGUGAAUCUUGUUGAAACGAAAAGGGAUAGAAGCUACAUCGACUUUCCGCAUAAAGGCUUUGUCCAGCAAGUUACGGCGAUUGAUUGAUUCUAUAGCCAUAUUUAUUUGAUUCUAGCUAUAUAAAUUGUAUGGACAUGUAUUUAUCCAACUGUUAUAUUGGUAUUAAUAUUUUGGUAUUAUAGAUA